AUUUACUUUAGAAUUACUUUAUGUUUAUUUGGAAAAACGGAGUAGAUAAUUAGGUCAUUUUGUUACUCUCAUAUGUCCGCCAUUAUCAUUUUGUUCAAUGCUUUAUCAGUUAAAUUAAAAAAAAAAAAGAAAAAGAGCUCCGUAUGGAAGAGAUGGCUCUGUUUAAGGCAGCAAGUGAGGGGGAUAUCCCCAAAUUGCAGGAAUUGAUGGAAGAAAAUCCGAUGUUACUUGACAAGUAUAUGCCUCCCUUCACUAAAACUCCGCUCCAUGUAGCUGCCUACUACGGAAAAGCAGAUUUUGUUAAGGAGCUGCUGAAGCGUGCAUCUGGGUUGGUAAAACAGCAAAACAACCGUGAAAAUGGGCUGAACGCACUCCAUAUGGCCGCAGCUGAAGGUCAUACUGAGGUUGCCAAGGUACUUUUAGAUUUCGACCAUAAGCUUGUCCUCAGCGGUGAUACUGAAGGCUCAACACCCCUUCAUUAUGCUGCCUUCUAUGGAAGGGUUGAUGUUGUGCGAUUAUUACUGUCUAGCCGUCCUGAACUCGUUAAUGAUUUCAACUCAAAGGGUGAAACUCCUCUUCAAAUCGCUGUUAAGAGCAGUCAACUUGAUGUACUGAAGGUGUUCGAUGAAAAGAAGGUUGGAUUUUGCGACGAUGAUUCGGUUCAAUUACUAGUUGAAACUAAAAUCCAGGCACCUGGAGUGCUUCAAGCGUACUAUCAAAAUUUAGGCCAAAGUCAUGUUGACACUGGCACUAACGUUCAGGAGAAAUCUCAAGAUAAGACAAGAUAUGAACAGAAGAAGAAGAUUGGGAAGGAGGUGAUGCUCAUUGUAGGGAUACUAAUAGCAACAUUGAGUUUUCAGGCACUGAUGAGCCCUCCAGACUCGACAAUGAAGGAUGGUCGGAUACAUGGGAAGUCUUCUAUCUUCUUCAUGGCCUGCAACUCCAUAAGUUUUUUUGCUAGUUGCUUUGGCAUUUAUGUUUCUUUAAGAGAGGAUCCAACAAUGAUACUUUUCUGGGUCUCAUCUUCCCUUGUUUGGACUGCUGCCAGUUACGUUUGUGUUCUGAUAUCUUUGAUGAACAAGGUCGCUGUACAUGAUCUACUUGUCACAGCAGUACCAUUGGUUGUACCCAGUGUGAUCUUCAGCUUGUUAGUUUAUUCUAAAACAGUAAGAAAGUUUUUCAAGGAAAUUAAAAGAUAUGCACAAGGCUAAUGCUUGGAGAAUGCCAAACUUCGUCACUACAAAAGUGUACUAAAAUCAAGACCAUCGCUAGAACUGCAGAGGGUCGAUCCCCAUGGAUGUGUUCAUUUACAACUCCCUACUUAACUAGUAUUAGAUUUACUUUUGACAUAUGGAACAUGUACUUUUUCCCUUAAGUCAUAAAGUAAGGUAUGUAUAUUACCCACAAAAAAAAGUAAGGUAUGUAUGUAUUUUUAAUCUUUUGCAAUUUAUGAAAUAUACGAAAUACGAGUACUAUUCUUACUCUGA